AUGUUCCAGCCCAGGGGGCUCGGGAGGAGGCCUAGGGCCCUGGGGCCUCUUCUGCACAGCAUCCGGCCCUUUAAGUCCAGUGAGCAGUACCUGGAGGCCAUGAAGGAGGACCUGGCUGAGUGGCUGCGCGAUCUCUAUGGACUGGACAUAGACGGGGCCAACUUCUUGCAGGUGCUGGAGACAGGCCUGGUGCUGUGCCAGCAUGCCAACACUAUCACUGAAGCCGCCCUGGCCUUCCUGGCUGAGGCACCUGCCCAAGCCCAAAGGAUUCCCAUGCCCCGGACUGGAGUUUCCUGCAAUGGGGCCGCCCAGCCGGGCACCUUCCAGGCACGGGACAAUGUCUCCAACUUCAUCCAGUGGUGUCGCAAGGAGAUGGGCAUCCAAGAGGUGCUGAUGUUCGAAACUGAGGAUUUGGUGCUGCGCAAGAACGUGAAGAACGUGGUACUGUGCUUGCUGGAGCUGGGCCGCCGGGCCUGGCGCUUUGGCGUCGCGGCGCCUACCUUGGUGCAGCUGGAGGAGGAGAUCGACGAGGAGCUGAGGCGGGAGCUGGCGCUACCCCCGCCCGCCCCGCCGCCGCCGCCCGCGCCGCCCGCCCGCCGGGCCUGCCACUUCCGCGACUUGGACCAGAUGGUGCAGAGUCUCCUGAGCCACUGCACAUGCCCAGUUCAGUUCUCCAUGGUCAAGGUGUCUGAGGGGAAGUACCGUGUGGGGGACUCUAACACCCUCAUCUUCAUCCGGAUCCUCCGGAACCACGUGAUGGUGCGUGUGGGUGGUGGCUGGGACACGCUCGGCCACUACCUGGACAAACAUGACCCCUGCCGAUGCACGUCCCUCUCACACAAGACAGGCAGCUUCCUGAAGCCCCCAGCCCCACCAGUGCAGCAUGAAGUGAUGGUGCAGGACGGGCCCUCGCAGCCCCAGCCCACGAUGACCAUCAGCCGCUCCCAGAGCCCGCUGCCCCCUGUGGACUGGAAGACAUAUACCUCUUCAGGCCGAAAGCUGAGGCCCCCUACCUCCUCCUCCCCCAGCCCCCGCAGUGAACGGGGAGCAGGGAUAGGGGUCCUCAGAGAGAUGGCACCACCCCUGAGGUGCCAGGAGAGGUCGCUCACCCCAUCUCAGAGGCAGCUGCCAGCUGGGGACAGCCUACCCAGCCCUCAAUCCUCAUCCGCCCAUAGGGGCCGAGACCCACAGUGCACGUCCUCAGGGAAGAGGGAGGACAGACAUCCCUCUGAACUCCUCAGGGGAAGGACCCCCACCUCUUGGGUCCAUGAGGAGACAGACAGCCGGGAAACUCAUGGCAGGGCCCCCACCCCCCAGAGACUCCGAGCCCCUGAGGUGACCACCAAAGGGACACCAGCAAGAGGACCACCUCCCCUGCCUCGUUCCUCCAGCCCAGUCAAGAACCUGAGCCUCAGGCAGCCACCUCGGGAUGAGGUCGAGGGUGCUUCCCUCCAGCUCACGGAGUCAGCAACUGUUCAUUCUCCAUCCCCUGUUAAAGGACCCAUCAAGAUCCCCAUCCAGCUGCCCCCUGCCCAUCCCCCUACUCCAGGAAGAAGCGUUCCAGGUACUGCAAGUGGAACUCCCAUGACAGAGCUGGAGAGAGGCCCCAUCCCACUAAGGGCCAUGGUUGGAGACAGACACCCAGCUGUGUCCAGACAAGGGGACUGCUUUGCGGAGAGAGGGGAGGGAGACCAGAAGCCGGACAUCCAGGCUAUAGCAAAGGCCAGAGAACCACGGGGAACGGCCCCUCUGGAGCAGGAGGGGAGGUACACACCUCUGCCCCUGGGCAGCACUAAGGAGCAUGCCAUCUACCAUAGCCUUGAGGAGGAGAUAUUGGCCAACAUGAAGCUGUUGGAGGCAGGGGGUGCCCGUCCCCCAGGCACAAGGUCUGGGGCCAUCCCUCGCAGUGGAGUCUAUGUCCCCAGCCUCGGUGGGCGCUGGCCAGAGCCUGGGGGUCCUUAUGACAAAGUCAUUCAAGAACUGGCUCAGGGCCCCCCACCCCUCCUUAAAGUAGAUCUGGGAGCCUGGGGGGCAGCCCCUACAGGGUCCUGUAAGCCAGCUGUUACCCAAGACCCAGGAAGCCCAAAAGAGAAGCUAGGAGUCACAGAGGAUGGGCCAAGGACUACAGCAGCCCUGAGUGCCAAGGGCACCAGGCUGAGGAAGGUGCCACCUCAAGGAGGGCAGGACUGCUCAGCCCCUACUGUAUCUGCCAGCCCGGAGGUCCCCAUAUCUUUGUCCUUGGACCCCAAUUCUGACAAAGCCAAGGCAUUUCCAAACAAAGGCAAGAGAACACUCCGGAAGCCCCAGAGGGUCCCGUCCAUCUACAAGCUGAAGCUGAGGCCCAGAAUCCGGCCCCGGAGGGACCACAGGCCUGAGAAGCAGCCGUCACGCAUCCCCAAGCCGCUAGCUUACCUCCACCUGGGUCCAGCAAGGGCACCCCCCAGGUGCAGGCUGUCGAGGGCAGCACUAGGCAUCAAGGGAGAAGAGGCACCCCCAGUGGAUGGGGCCUUUGAGGGGGAAAAGGAGGAGGAAGGAAAGGAGAAGAAAGAGUCAGCCACCACACUGGAGAGCGGCCUUCCACCUCCUGAGGACCUAAGGCCUCAGCAGCUUGACCAAACUCUGCGCCCACCUGAGGAGGAGUCCUGGGUCUAA